CAAUAUAAUAUAAGCAGGAGAGAAAGAAGAUUUGUCCAUAUGGCUACUUCAUUCUCUCAUAGCUACUUCCUCAUUGCUUCUCUUUUUUAUCUAUUCCUUUUCUCCUUCUUCUUAGAAAAGAAUGCUCAUGCCUUUCAAGAAAAAAAACUUUUUCAUCAACAUACUCAUACCAUUCAAGUCAGCAACCUGCUUCCAUCCACUGCUUGCAAACACUCUCCCAAAGUUGCCGAAAAUAGUGCCACCCUGAAGGUAGUUCACAGGCGUGGUUCAUGCAUCCAUCUUAAUCAAGACAAUGCAAAUUCUCCAAAUGGCUCGGAGAUUUUACAUGAAGAUCAAUCUCGGGUCAAUUCAAUCCACUCAAGAAUUUCCGGCAACUUGGAGGAGACCAAAGCAACUUCACUUCCAGCAAAGAUAGGCGCUUCACUUGGCACAGCCAAUUUCAUUGUUACCGUUGGACUUGGCACUCCAACAAAGGAUCUACAGCUCAUAUUCGACACUGGAAGCGACCUCACUUGGGCUAGAUGUCAGCCAAACGGCGAUACUUUCGACCCCACCCAGUCCACUUCCUAUGCCAACGUUCCUUGCAGCUCUCCACUUUGCUCUUCUUCCACUGGAGGAGCCCUUUUAAGAUGUUCUUCCUCAUCAUCAACAUGUGUGUAUGGCUUACAAUACGGGGACGGGUCUAUCUCUACUGGACUUCUGGGCCAAGAAAGGCUAAGUUUAGGGACAACCGAUGCAUUCGACAAUUUUUACUUCGGUUGUGCUCGGAAUAUUCAAGGCACAUUCCAAAACGUUGACGGUUUGCUUGGCCUCGGCCGAGGAAAGUUAUCUGUCGUCUCACAAACAGCUUCAAAUUAUAACAAACUCUUUUCCUAUUGCCUUCCAUCGGAUAGCUCUACUGGGUUUCUCUCCUUGGGCGCUUCUCAAUCAAAUUCUGCUAAAUUUGUCCCUCUAUCAUCAACUUCCUCUGACUUUUAUUUUCUGGAUCUCACUGGAAUAACUGUUGGUGGUCGGAAACUGUCAAUUCCGAAUUCAGUGUUUUCCACUUCCGGGACUAUCAUUGAUUCCGGCACUGUGAUCACGCGGCUGCCACCUGCAGCUUACUCUGCUCUACAAUCGGCAUUCCAAGAACUGAUGUCCCAAUAUCCAAAGGCUCAGCCACUGUCAAUACUGGAUACUUGUUAUGAUUUUAGUAACUUUCAAACGGUUAAUGUGCCUAAGAUUGUAUUGUCGUUUAAUGGAGCGACGGAUGUGGAAGUUGCCCAAUCUGGAAUUUUCUUCGGUAAUGGGGCGGCGCAGGUGUGCUUGGCUUUUGCUCCGAACAGUGAUCCGAGAGACAAGGCUAUUUUCGGGAAUAAGCAGCAACUAACUUACGAGGUGAUUUAUGAUGUUAGUGGAGGGAAGGUUGGGUUUGCUGCUGCUGGUUGUAGUUGAUUAAUUAAUCUAAUCAAGGUUUUGUGUUCUAAAUGCUAGUUAAGUAAGCAGUGACAUGUCGUUUGGUUGUAUUGAUUUGAGGAUUAAUAAUAAAAGCUCAUGAAAUCCCCUGUUGGUUUAGUAUUA